AUGACUGAUACUUUAAAACUUUUAGAAAGUCUUGACAAUAAAAGUCGUGAUGAACUUUCUCAAUUUAUUGAACAAGAAAAUGGAAAAGCAAAAAUACAACAAGGUUUUUUUCACAUUUUUUUAAAUAAAAUUAAAAAAUUAUAUAAAGGUAUUCUAGAAUUUACAGACCGUUGUUUUAAACGCUGUAUUACAAAUAAACUUGGAAAUAAUUUAGAUCGUACUGAAGAAACCUGUCUUCAAAACUGUGUUGAUAGAUGGCUUGAUGUAAAUAUUCAUCUUAUUAAAUAUCUAGAAAACUUCAAAAAAAGGAACAUAAAAAUAAAUUUUGUAAAUAUAUAUAGAAUUUUUAUUUAUUAA